GGCGCUAGUGCGAACUUCAAUGUGGGCUUUUUGGGCAAAACUAAGCUCACCGCGUUCGACGGGUGAACCACCAGCUGCGUGCCAGCGCGGGUCGUCAGUUUGGCCUACCAUCACAUCACCUUCAGUCACAAAAACAUUUGCUUCUUCCUGAAGGGCUUUGUUUCUUGAUUUCUCGUUUAGUUUGCAGCAAUGUCUGCGGCGCAGUUGCUCAACCCCAAGGCCGAGUCGAGGCGGAGAGGGGAGGCUUUGAAGGUAAACAUCAGUGCCGGAGAGGGUCUCCAAGAUGUCCUGAAGUCGAAUCUUGGUCCAUCUGGGACCAUUAAGAUGUUGGUAGACGGUGCAGGCGGGAUCAAGCUCACCAAGGACGGAAAUGUUCUGUUGCGAGAGAUGCAAAUUCAAAACCCCACUGCCGUCAUGAUUGCACGUGCAGCCACGGCCCAGGACGAUAUUACUGGAGACGGAACAACAUCUGUGGUUCUCACGGUUGGAGAGCUCCUCAAACAAGCCGAUCGCCAUAUCUCCGAGGGACUGCACCCUCGAGUACUGACGGAUGGCUACGAAAUCGCAAAGAACGAGACGUUGAAGUUCCUCGACCAGUUUAAGCUACAGCGGGAUAUUGACCGUGAACUCUUGCUCUCCGUGGCCCGAACGUCGCUUUCUACAAAGCUCAACAGUGCUCUGGCCGAGAAGUUGACCCCUGACAUUGUCGACGCUGUUCUCGCUAUCUAUAAGAAGCCUACAAAGCCCGACCUGCACAUGAUCGAGAUUAUGAAGAUGCAGCACCGGACUGCAUCCGACACGCAGCUCAUCCGCGGACUGGCACUCGACCACGGAGCUCGUCACCCUGAUAUGCCGAAGCGAGUGGAAAACGCUUUCAUUCUGACUCUGAACGUCAGCUUGGAGUAUGAAAAGUCUGAGAUCAACUCCGGCUUCUAUUACUCGAGCGCCGAGCAGAGAGACAAGCUGGUAGAGAGCGAGCGUAGAUUCGUCGACGCAAAGCUUCAGAAGAUCGUGGAGCUUAAGAAGCAGGUCUGCGGCAACGACCCUAAGAAGGGCUUUGUUGUCAUUAACCAAAAGGGUAUCGACCCCCUGAGUCUGGACGUCCUUGUCAAGAAUGGUAUUCUUGCCCUUCGGAGAGCCAAGAGAAGGAACAUGGAACGUCUCCAGCUGGUGUGCGGUGGUACUGCGCAGAACAGUGUCGAUGACCUCACGCCCGAUGUUCUUGGUUGGGCCGGUCUUGUCUACGAGCACACGCUCGGAGAGGAGAAGUACACUUUUGUCGAGGAGGUCAAGGACCCCAAGUCUGUCACUAUUCUCAUCAAGGGCCCUAACGCCCACACAAUCAAUCAGAUCAAUGACGCUGUUCGAGAUGGUCUGCGUUCGGUGUACAACACUAUCGUCGACGGCUGCGUUGUACCGGGUGCAGGAGCUUUCCAGAUCGCCUGUGCCACGCACCUUUCCUCGGAGAAUUUCCGCAAGACGGUCAAGGGCAAGGCUAAGUUCGGUGUGUCUGCCUUCGCGGAGGCUCUCCUCAUUAUUCCCAAGACUCUAGCUGCCAACUCUGGCCACGACAUCCAGGACUCGCUAGCGGCCCUACAGGGUGAACAGGAGGAGGGCAACAUUGUCGGUCUCGACCUGGCUACCGGCGAGCCAAUGGAUCCUGUUCAGGAGGGUGUCUUCGAUUCGUACCGUGUGCUGCGGAAUUGCAUCGCAUCUAGCACUGGCAUCGCAUCGAAUCUACUUCUCUGCGAUGAGCUGCUGAAGGCACGCCAGAUGGGUAAAUCGGGCGGUCCUGCUGGAAUGGAGGAGUAAUGCAUAAGGGCUGUGACAUCUCCAUAGGUUAUAUUGGAAGUAUCCCUCUUCAGCCAAAAAAAGGAAAAAGGUGUACUGAAAUAAAUGUAUCAAUGAGUCCACUUUAGAUGCACGGAUGCAGAAAUAAUCAUGCCCAUAUUAUCCAUUAUUCG